AUGGAAUGGACUGCUUGUCUCGACGAAUAUGAGAAACUCGUCUUCCGUAUGAACACUCCCAGGGUCGUGAUCGAUAAUGCCGUCUGCUCCACUGCGACUUUAGUCAAGGUCGACAGUGCUAGAAGGCAUGGGAUUCUUCUCGAGGCUGUUCAGGUCCUCACGGAUCUUAACCUCACCAUUAAAAAAGCGUACAUUUCUUCUGAUGGACGGUGGUUCAUGGAUGUCUUUCAUGUCACUGAUCAAAACGGGGAUAAAUUAACGGAUGAGAGCGUCAUUCAUUACAUUGAACAGUCACUUGGAACAAUUCACUUUGGGACAUCCAACUGCAGCAACGGUUUAACAGCACUUGAGCUCACCGGAACAGACCGGCUUGGCCUUCUCUCCGAGGUCUUUGCAGUGCUAGCUGACCUGCAAUGCAAUGUGGUUGAGUCCAAGGUGUGGACGCACAAUGGCCGGAUCGCCUCCCUAAUUUACGUUAAGGACUGUGAUUCUGGUUGCCCAAUUGAAGACUCACAGAAAAUUGACAGAAUUGAAGCGCGGUUAAGGAAUGUUCUCAAGGGAGACAACGAUAUUCGGAGCGCGAAAACCUCUGUUUCCAUGGCAGUUACACACACCGAAAGAAGGCUGCAUCAAAUGAUGUUUGCAGAUCGUGAUUAUGAUAGGAAGCCCAUUUUGCAGCACAGCACCGACUCACCGGUGAUCACGGUGCAGAAUUGGGCUGAAAGGGGUUAUUCCAUUGUAAAUAUUCAGUGCAAGGAUAGAGCAAAGCUUUUGUUUGAUGUUGUCUGCACGUUGACAGACAUGGACUAUGUGGUAUUUCACGCCACUGUUAAAACAGCAGGGGAUAGAGGACACAUGGAAUUUUACAUUAGGCACACUGAUGGAACCCCAAUUAGUUCUGAACCCGAACGACAGCGCGUAAUCCAAUGCUUACAAGCUGCCAUUCAAAGAAGAGCUUCUGAGGGUGUGAGGCUAGAACUAUGCACCGAGGAUAGACCAGGUCUUCUAGCAUAUGUUACAAGAACGUUCCGAGAGAACGGUCUAAACGUGACAAGGGCCGAGAUUUCGACAACAAAGGCCAAUGCCCUGAACGUUUUCUAUGUGACUGAUGCAAUUGGAAACCCUGCAGAUCCCAACACCAUUGAAUCAGUGAGGCAAAAAAUAGGGUUGAGUGACUUAAAAGUGAAGGAACUGCCAUUGAUUUAUCAUGCAAAGGGGGAAAGGGAGGAGCAAGCAGUUGGUGUUGGUGGGGCAGUCUUGUUAUCACUAGGGAGCCUAGUGAGAAGGAAUCUGUACAAUUUGGGUCUCAUCAGAUCUCACUCUUGA